AUGCUUCUUCUGACUGUUGGUCUGGACUCUUCCAUCUCACUGACUUCCUCAAUGGACGUUUCGCUGCUACUCAAAGUACUGGAUCUUCGUCUCACGCAGUGCGAUAUGGACGAUCUCAUGCCGAUCCACGAUGUGAACGAUAUUCUGCAGAGCUGGAACUGCGACAUGACCAUCCGUGUGCAGAAUUCGUUUAAAGACAUCACUGUCUCGGUCACAGACACAAGCAACAUGAUUGUCUCUAUCGGCUAUCGCGAUUUGCUGAUCGUAACGCAUUGCAUGGACGAGUUGAAGCCAGAUGUUCGUUCCGAAGGCACGGCUCCUCGUCCCUUCUCUCCUGACGAACCCACUUCCUCCUUCCCGAUUCUGAAGCUCCCUACACUCGUCUCUGCGUCCUUGCCGUUCAGUUUGAAUCUGGAUCUGCAGCUUCAUCCGCUUCAAGUGACCGUAGUAAACGAUGUGGGCGAUGUGGAGGUUCCCUUCGUGCUGCUCCAUCUCCAAGAUCUCCAUCUCUCUCUGGACUUCAAGCAGCAGCUCGUGUUUUUGCUCACCUUCUCGCUGUCCGCCGACUUCUACAAUUUGGUCCGCGUCGCGUGGGAGCCACUGCUGGAACCGUGGGAACUGAUGAUUCAAAUGGUGCAGCGAAGCGGAGCGGAAGAAAAUCGAGUGAAAGCACGAGAUGCCAAGUCGUCCGUAACGAUCCACGCCGAUCACAUCAUAAAUGUAAUGAUCUCGACGGACUUCUGCUCUUCCGCGAUUCACUUCCUUCGCGAUCUCUCGCAUUGCGAAUCUACCACGACCUUUACGAACGGCUAUUACAUGUCAAUCGAGAACAAGCUCGAUCUUCCGUGCACCUUCGAAGUGAUUUACGACGGAGGAAUAUCUCGGCAGUUGGAGAUCAUUCGAUCGCAGUGGAGCCUUCUGGACGAUCGCUCUCAUCAGCUGUUGAUCGAGGGUUUGCUGUACGUCUGCGUGGGCGAAAAAGUGGAAAUGCGAUGGGUCGAGCUCUACCAAGUGGAGCCUCGCGUUCGCGUUUACUCCGCCUUUGCGACCGAGGCGGGACAGCCGCGCGAGUUGAUUGGCUGCAGCGUGGAGGGCUCUGUGUCUGUAGAGGAAGGCGUUCUGUUCUCGUGCGUGGUAGGGGAAGAGAAGCUGUUGUUCCUCUCGAGGAACGAGCAGGAAAUCGAAGCAUGGAAGCGAGCGUUGCAGGUUGCUCCGAAGGAAUUCCAGCACGAGAGUGUCGACAGCGAGAUCGUGAUUCCUGCCGGAGGAAUGAAGCGAACGACGCUUCCGGCGCAUCCAACAUCUCUCCCCAGCGCUACGGAGUCGUACAACCAGCGAAUCGUCGCGCUGCGAGUGGAGAACUUCCGACGCGUUGAGUUCUGCUGCGACAGCGAAGGUGAUCUUCCCUUCAGCUUGUACACGCAGAACGGGGAAUACUGUUACGACAUUGUGGUGCGACUCAUCAAUCGGAAUGGUCUGCGUGUCAUGAUGUUGAUUCCCAUGCUGUGGAUGACGAACUUCACGUCUUCGCCCGUUCUCUGCCACUUCACGCAAGAGACGAGCGAUUCGGAAACCCCGGUGGCUCAUCAGUCGCAGCGAAAGCAGAUCAAUUUGGAGCACUUGACGGAUAAUUAUUUCGGCGUUCCGGUGCCGUUCAAAAGUCCUUACUACGACUCUGUAUCGCACGUGGUGAGUGUGUGCCAUGGCGUGUGGCGCGAUGAUUCAGCGAAGACAGUCGCAGCGAGCGAAUCGCUGUACUGCCCUCUCCAUUUGGGGAUGAAGGGUCGAUGCAUGCUGGGCAAUCCGAACGGGUACUGCGCCCUCUCGAUCGAAGAUAUCACCUCGCUGAACUUCCGCCGAAUCUGCCUGAAUAUCGGCAACUCGGUGGAUCCCCACUACGUUCUGGUGCGCAGCGUGGUGCAUUCCGUGGAGAGCGAGUCGCUGAACGCCUUGCCUAUUCCGCCUACACCCAAAGCAAAGAGCGAUAUUUUGGAGAAACUGAACAGUCAGAUGGUGAAUGGGAUUGCCGGGAAUGUGGGAAAUCGUCGAAGUCUAUUCGAGAUUGUGGUUCUUCCCGUGUUGGUGCUGAAGAAUCUGCUCCCAAUCGAUCUGGAAUACCACAUUGUGAUGCACUCGAAGGGCAUCAUCGAGACCGGAAUGAUCGCUUCGGGCAAAGAAGUGGAGUUGGCGUGUAUCGACGGAGCGAAUAGCAACCAGUACGGCAUUCAGCUGCGCCCGACCGGCAAUCAGUUCGUUUGGAAUCAGGGAUUAAUCCCCAUCGUGACCGAAGGAAAUGGAGAGUACGCCUUGACCGAUAUCGAGAACAGUCGCUGCGCGUUGCGGUAUGUGUAUUCGUUCGAGCAGAACGGAUCGCCCUCUUCGCAGUACCUUCUGCUUUCGAUCUAUUCCCCGUUCUGGAUCGUCAACCGAACGCCCGAUCUCCUCUUGUCCGCUUUUCUCUUCCUCUCUACCUUGUAG